AUUUCCCAUAUUAAUGUCUUUGCUAGUGUCCACGGGACGCUGCACUGCCUGGAUCGCACAUCUUAUAAAUGACUACAGCUAAGCGAACUAUCGCCAUUAACCAGUAUGACGGCUUUGCAAGUAUCUCAAGCUGACGUGCUCUUGUGGUCAAAGUACUAUUAUGUUGCAUUAACAUCGCUUUGGACAUACGACUGCAUACUUUGCAUGCCUGACUCGGUCGCUUUUAUUCUCGAUUCUCGGCACGGGCUUGGCACGCUGUUGUAUCUUAAAUGCAGCAUCACUCCAUUUGUCUUCAUGCUACUGAAUAUGAUUGUGACUUUUCUGCCUCGUGGUUCAUCCACUCUUUGUCGCUGGAUAUAUAUAGCAAAUAUAUGUGUGGGGUUUCUGUUGAUGGUUGACGCUGAGUGCAUCUUCAUACUUAGAACAAUUGCAGUAUGGGAGCGGGAAAGAAGGUUCAUGGUGUUCAAAAUCAUCAAUAUGAUUGCCAUUUUACUCCCGAUUGUCGUCUGCUUCUUUCAAGAUAUUGUCCCAUCAAUGGGAGAAUGCUCGAUCCCUGGGGGUAUUAUACAUCUCGAUACGAAGGCAAGGUCUUCAGUGAUUGCCGUAUACUCAUUGCUAGCUUUUGGCGAGUUUGAAUUAUUGGCAUUGGUGCUGUAUCGCGGCUUCGAGAGUCAUGGUGGCUGGAAGAUCGAAAACCGUCUUAUGCGUGGUCUCAUGCGACAUAAUUUAUUGUACUUUAGCUGCAGCUUUGCUUUCUCUCUUGGUGUCAUCCUCGCCACAAUCUUCCUUCCGUUUUCGGCGAUACACAUGAUUGCGGAGACUCAGGUCGUUGCUCUAUCUCUCUUGGUCACACGAAUGCACAGGGACUUCUGGAGAUCGGAUCGUGAUUCUUCUAGCAAUGAUGGAGUGGAUCUUUCUCUCUCGGCGUUCAUGGCAGUAACCCCAGAUGUCAUAUUCUCAGAAGAUGCUAGUGGACCUUGUCCCAACAAUACAUAGGACAGAUAGGUGGACGCUUGAAGGCACCAUAUUAGUUCGAUUAUGUACUCACUCGCCAUGGUCCUAUGGACUACUUCGGGGUUUGGAAAGCAUCAAAUACAUUUUUCAAGUUGGUAUGCAGUUCGCUGGCUCUGUUCGGCCUUGACGGUUUUCUUCGAUACUCAUAGGACACAUCACAAAUAAGUACGCACCUGUCGUGUCUG